UACCAUGAUUUGACGCCUACUUGCCACAGGGGUGCGGCGAGGCUUGCAGAAGCAGUACUGAGAUAUCAUUGGUGGCCAACAGUGCUAGCAGAUUGUGCCCGAUACGCUCGUACGUGUACGAGGUGUCAAGUCGAUAAGGUGACAUUGCGCCAUAGAGUCGGUGAACUGGGAUCGACGGUCUCGAGAAGUUCAAGGCCAAAUGAGUUGUUGAUUAUUGACUAUGCUGGGCCGAUUUCCUUCCCAGGACAGGCGCCGGAAGAUCCAAAAUAUAUCUUACUAAUGAUAGAUGCCUACACCAGGUGGUUGCACCUCGAGGCGGUCCAUUCUGAUGAUGCUCUUACCACUGCCCAAAUUCUGUGGAAGGCCCAUAUUUGUGUCCAUGGUCCACCAACUGUGCUUCACUCUGAUAGAGGAGUACACUUCACUGCCAACAUCAUCACUGAGCUAUGCAGAUUCACAUCGAUGACUCACACGCUCGGCUCUGUUCGGAACCCCAGAGUACAAGGUCUGGUUGAGAGAGCGGUCAGAGAAGUAAAAACGGCUCUACGAGUGACCAGUGAGCGACUUCGACAAGAAGGGCAAAGCUGGUGGGAACAAUUACCUGCGAUAGCUAUGGUACACAAUACAGCGAGCCCUGUAUAUGCGAACUCCAUUGGGGAUAUGUCGCCCUACUAUCUGACGUAUGGCAGACACGCGCCUGAUCUGUUUGCUAGUGGAAAUCCUCCCGAGUGUGCUUAUGACGACAUGGGGGACUACGUGGAAGAGCUACGCCAUAAUAUUGAGAUGGCACAUCAGAUUUGGGAUAUUGUGAGGCAACUCGAGAUUGCCAAGCGGCAGGACGAGUUUCGCCUUCACAAUUCAGCCAAUGAUAUUCAAGAAGGUAGCUACGUCUUACGA